AAGAGGAUGGUCCUGCUCUGUAUGGAAAGCAAUAAAAGGAGAGGGAGGCAGACAGCAGAGCAGAACAGCUCCCAAGCCCAAUACAGAAGCAUCUCUGAGACAAACGACAGUUCAAGCUGAAGAUCAACAAUGACUUUUGCUGUGAGUAGCACUGAUUUCCAUCAUGAGGCAAACAACAAGGCUCACCACACCAGCGAGAUUACCGGGAAGCGCCUGAUACUGAGGAGAGGGCAGCCCUUCACCAUCACUCUGAAUUUACUCAGGGGGUCCCAGCCAGAAGUGGACGAGGUGCAGCUGGUUGCAGAAACAGGACCAUCCCCGUCCGAGGCCUCUGGAACUAGAGCAGUGUUCAGAGUGUCCGGUCCUCCAGUCAAGAGAUCAUGGAGCGCAGCUGUGCAGAACAGUUCCUCCUCCUCAGUGACUCUGUCUGUCACCUCCCCUGCCAACGCCAGUAUCGGCAAAUACUCCUUAAAGAUACAGGCUGCUAAAGGAACUCCUCAGACCUCAGCGCUAGGAGAGUUCAUCCUGCUCUUUAAUCCGUGGUGUGCAGAUGACUCCGUGCAUAUGCAGAAAGACAAUGAAAAGCAGGAGUACGUCAUGAAUGAACAGGGGCUUCUGUAUAGAGGAUGUGCAGAAAGUUUCUCACCCAGUGGAUGGAAUUUUGGACAGUUUGAAGAAGACAUUGUGGAUAUAUGUCUGAAGCUAUUGGACGUUAGCCCCGGCUACAGCAAAAACCCAGGCCUGGACUGUUCAAGAAGGAACGACCCGGUCUACGUGAGCAGGGUGGUGAGUGCCAUGGUUAAUUGCAAUGAUGAUCGGGGGAUUCUCCUGGGGCGCUGGAGCAAUGAUUUCCCUGGCGGGACUCCUCCAACCCGAUGGACUGGGAGUGUUGAAAUCCUCCGAAAGUGGUCUCUAAACGGCUGCCAACCGGUCAAGUAUGGGCAGUGCUGGGUCUACGCUGCGGUGAUGUGCUCAGUUAUGAGGUGUCUGGGGAUUCCGACACGCGUGAUCACAAAUUUCGAGUCUGCUCAUGACACUGACAGGAAUUUGACUAUCGAUGAAUACUACUCCGUCUCUGGACAGGAGCUGAAAUUAUCCGGUGAUAGCAUAUGGAACUUCCAUGUGUGGGUGGAGUCCUGGAUGGCCCGUCUAGAUUUACCUGCCGGAUACGAUGGCUGGCAAGUGCUGGACCCCACUCCACAGGAGAAGAGUGAAGGUGUGUACUGCUGCGGUCCUGCCCCAGUCAAAGCCAUCCUGGAGGGAGACACAGAUAUAAAGCACGACGUCCCCUUCGUGUUUGCCGAGGUCAAUGCCGACAAGGUGAGAUGGAUAGUCGGUUCCGAUGGGUCAAAGCAAAAAUCUUCGAGCAACACCAGGCAGGUGGGGUCUAAUAUCAGCACCAAGGCUGUGGGCACUAACGCACGCGAGGACGUCACACACCUCUACAAAUACCCAGAAGGGUCUAAAAAGGAAAGAGAUGUGUUUGCCAAAGCGGUCCGUAACCUGAAGUCAACCGGUACUCAUAAUGGUCCUGAGGUACAUAAACCACCAGCCUCUGGGGUCACUGAGCUGUCUAUCAAGCUGCAAAAGACACCAGUGAACGGGGAAGACAUCAACUUUCACCUGUGCAUCGUCAAUAGGAAUCAAAGCGCCAAGAACCUAUCGAUCACCACCAUUGCCCAGGCCUUGCAACACAAUGGACGUCCCGAACAGCUUUGCUGGAAAAACACCCAGACCAUAACGAUUGGAGCAAAUGGAGAGACAAAGGUCACUCUUCUGGUACCCUACUCGAAAUAUGGAGCGUCCAUGAUCGAGAACGAUAUACUCAAACUGUCAGCUAUCGCAAUGGAGUUGGGCAGCAGUGAAAUGCAUAUGACAGAGAAGGACGUCCUGGUUACAAACCCAGUGCUCAACAUUGAGGUAAAGGGAACGCCCGUACUGUACCAGGAUUUUACGGCUGAAAUAACAUUCACUAACACUUUAUCCGAGACCUUGAGAAACUGCUUUUUGACACUGUCUGGGAUUGGUCUGAUCACGACAAAAUGUGAAAUUCCUAUCCCUACACUGGGUGCCAAAAACCUGUUGAGAAUGAGAAUCCCCAUCACACCCACCAAGCCUGGCUCGAGGAUGCUGACCGCAGACUUCGACUGCAACCUCUUCAGGGACGUGAAAGCCUACAAGACUGUGGAAGUGAGGCGUGCCUAACAACUUCACUCUGGAAACAUGCUUAAGAAAACAUGAAAAAAAUGUCCAAUAAUUUUGCUUAAGCUAUAAUGACACAUUCCAGAGAUAGUGAACAUAAAAAAAAAACCCGUAGUGGAUAAUAUACAAACUUUGGGAAUACAUUAAUGCAGCCUUUGAGUUGCAUAAAAUAUUACAUAAUCAAAAAUAUAUAUAAACAAUUUAAGCAUGAAGUAUAUAGUAAAUAUACUGCCAUGGGAGCUUAUUAGGUGUAUGUGUAUAAUGCAACAUGGCUUCACAAAAACUACUACAUAUGUUAAAAUUGAUGCAAGGACAUGCUGUGCUUGUGGAAACUAUAAUCUAUGUGUUAUCCUGUGUGGAGAAAUGCCUGCUACACUAGACCAUUUAACAAAGGGGGUAACUUUGGUUAAUUGUACCUGCAAUGCAGAUACUUCUUUUGUAUUUUCUUUUCAUUAAACUAAACAAUAAAUCAUUUUUAAGCAAA